AUGUCAUUCUUUCUCUUAAUCUUCUUGUUUAGGACUGUGAAACGAUUAGGGAUACCUGAUGAGAGGAUCAUUCUUAUGUUAGCAGAUGACAUGGCUUGCAAUUCCCGAAACAAAUACCCUGCACAAGUUUUCAACAAUGAAAACCAUAGGCUUAACUUGUAUGGAGAUAAUGUUGAGGUAGACUAUCGAGGCUAUGAAGUGACAGUUGAGAACUUUUUGAGAGUUUUAACAGACUCUGAUGAACUUCAGAGUCAUGAUUUGGCUGAUGCAGUCAAACAGAUGAAAGAAAAAGCGUUCAAGGAACUGUUGAUUAUGGUAGAUACAUGUCAAGCUGCUACCCUCUUUUCCCAGCUCCAUUCACCUGAUGUUUUGGCUAUUGGGAGUAGCAUGAAAGGGGAAAACUUAUAUUCACAUCACUUAGAUUCUGAUGUUGGUGUCUCUGUUGUGGAUCGAUUCACAUUUUAUACGUUAGCUUUCUUUGAGAGGCUCAACAUGUAUGACAAUGCAUCAUUAAUCAGUCCGUUUGGCUCAUUUAAUCCAAAUUUACUGCUGUCAACUGCAUAUUAUCGAAAAGAUUUAUACCAACAAGAAUUGGAGAAGGUAUGUCACUUGUAG